AAGUGGCACUUCGACAUCAGUAAGAAAUCUGUUCGCGAUAUAAUGCGUUCUGCGUCAUUUUUAUCUCGAAGUGCCUCUAGCUCUGUUUCUCAGACUGGGUAUAAAAGGCGACAUUCACCUCAGGCCAGCACUUGGUAAACCCUGACCGGCAACAUGAAGAGCUUUAUUAUCCUCGCCGCCUGUGUGGUGGCCGCUUUGGCCGGCGUUCCGUCCGAGUCUGAGAUCAAAAUGCACUGGGAGGGCUUCAAGGUAACGCACGGCAAGACUUACGCCAACGCCGUCGAGGAGGCCUACAGGGCCAAGGUGUUCAAGGAGAACGCCAUCAGGAUCGCCAAGCACAAUGACCGAUACGCCACCGGUGAGGUGACUUUCAAGGUCGGCUACAACCAGUACGCUGACAUGCACACCCACGAAGUCACUGAGAAGAUGAACGGUUUCCGCAUGGAGCUGAAGACCCCCAGCGUGAACGUGCACAAGGCCUCUAAUUCGUCUGUGGGCGACAGCCAGAAGGUUGACUGGCGCUCUAAGGGCUACGUCACCCCUGUCAAAAACCAAGGCUCUUGCGGUUCAUGCUGGUCAUUCUCUGCUACUGGUGCCCUUGAGGGUCAGCUCUUUAAGAAGAACGGCAAGCUGGUCUCUUUGAGCGAGCAGAACCUGGUCGAUUGUUCCUGGAACUACGGCAACCAGGGCUGCAACGGUGGUCUGAUGGACAGCGCCUUCAAGUACGUAAAGGCCAACAAGGGCAUCGACACCGAGUCCAGCUACCCGUACACCGCGAAGUCCAGCAGAAAGUGCAAGUACACCACCGCCAACAACGCCGGCGCCAACACCGGCUACACCGACGUCCGCGCCACCGAAGCCGACCUCCUUGACGCCGUCGAGAAGAUUGGCCCCGUCUCUGUGGCCAUCGACGCCAGCAACUGGAGCUUCCAGAUGUAUUCCAGCGGUGUCUACUACGAGUCCAGCUGCUCCUCCAGAAGCCUCGACCAUGGCGUGCUCGCCGUCGGCUAUGGAACCGACUACCCUAACAAGGCUUACUGGAUAGUCAAGAACUCGUGGGGCACCUCCUGGGGUGAGCAGGGUUACAUCAGGAUGGCACGCAACAGAAGCAACAACUGUGGUAUCGCCACCAUGGCCAGCUACCCUACUGUCUAGGGUUGAAGUAAAGUGAACAGAUGCGCCUCCUCACAGUAAACGAAUAAAACUAUUUUUGAUACCAAA